AUGCCCUUUUUCCAAGCGAGUGUGUUCCAGUCUAGCCAGCUCGAGCACGGCCACAGAUUCCACUUCAAGGACCCCCACAACAGUCAACCAGGUUGGCGCUGGGGUAAUGUGACUCUUCCUGAUACCAUGGGCAUUGGAACCAGUGAUAAGGAGAUCAUAUUGCAUCUAUGCGAUACCAUCGCAGCGGGCUUGGUUACUUGGAGUGAUACUGCGAUGCACGGCUGGGGAAGGUACUGUGUCUCGUUUCCGAUCAAGUUGAAAACACCCGAGCAAGACUUGAAACACUUAAUGCUUCAGGUUGAGUGCGCUGCACUGUGGUGGGUAAGUUUGAUUCGUGCGGAGACUGCUUCCAUUGACAAGCACAUGCUUUUCCGGGCCCGUCAGCCGCCCUCGGAUCCCGAGGAUCAGUUGUUGGAUGUGCCUUUGCAUUGGGAUAAGCCUGAGUACACAACUCUCAAUCCGUGGUCUGCCGUUACUGUGCUACGGUAG